AGAUUGAAGAAAGGAGUAACUAACGGGAUGAACCUACCUAUGGCAGCCCGUGGAGGCCAAGAUGCAUCGGAACAUGUGGCCGCCAACGACGAAGACGAGGCUAUCUUAUGUCAAUGUCCCGAGGAGAGGUUCCAGUGGCAUCAGUGCCUUCAAGGAAUUCGUUGCCAGGAAGAAAGCCACAAAGGAAAUAUUGGUGAAAGAGAACUCCCUAAAGGCCUGACGGCUAUUCACGACAAAGCAGUGACGCAAGUGAACAACCCGAAGAAUAGAUUUAAAGGAAUUUACCCGUAUAACCACUGUCUGGUAGUUCUGAAAGGGAAUGGUGGCAGCAGUGGCUACAUAAACGCCAGCUACAUCGAUGGACGAACAAGGGGAAAACAGUACAUCGCAACACAGGGUCCUCUGCCUAACACUGUUGUGGACUUCUGGAAGAUGAUUUGGCAAGAACAGGCUCCUGUCAUUGUCAUGCUGGCCAAUAUCACGGAAGAUGGGAGGAGACGCUGUGAGCCGUACUGGCCCAAUGAACAAGGAGAGGACACCAAGACGUUCGGCCCCUGGAAGAUUACAGUGGCUGACUCCUGUCCUCUGGCUGACUUCACCAUCAGAACACUCACGAUAAAGAAGGGAGGCAUGCAGAGGACGGUGAAACAUGUUCACUACAUGGUGUGGCCUGACAAGGAUGUGCCAGACAACACCAUGUCUCUGGUGGAACUCAGGAACAAAGUCAGGACCUUCUGUGACUUCGCCCAAGGACCCAUGGUCGUACACUGCAGUGCUGGUGUGGGCAGAACAGGAACCUUGAUUGCUCUGGACUCCCUGAUAGAAGACGCAGAGACCCGAAACAUGGUGGACAUCUACGGCUGUGUCUGGCGACUCAGGAACUGCAGAGUCAGUAUGGUACAGACACAGUCCCAGUAUGUGUUCCUCCAUGACUGCCUCCUGGACGCUCUGUGCCAUACAGUCCUCUCCACACCCGCCAGUCUCUAUGGCAUCGCUCAUCAACAGCUAAAGAAGAACUCCAACCUUGCUGUUGCCUAUCAGAAACUCUGCGAGUGCCCUGAGACUGACCAUGUGAGUGACGCUGCCAGGGACCUAGAGAACAUCGGCAAAAACAGAAACAAGGACAUUCUUCCUGGAGACAAGCAUCGCGCUACUCUGUCAACACGCGAAGCAGGGGGCACCGACUACAUCAAUGCAGUCAUCGCUCCGUCCUAUGAGAAGCGACGCGCGUUCAUCCUCACUCAAAUCCCCUGA